AUGCGUGACUUUGCCUGUUAUCUUCAAAAUACAGCAUAUCGAUUUUUAGAAAAUUACACGAAACGAAUACAAGCUAAUAUGGAAGAAACACCAUUAAAAGAAAAUAAUUCAUCGUUUGAAGCACACGAGCAAAUAUUUGGCGGGGAAGAAAUGACGUGGCCUGAAGAUGGUGAGAUAUGGUAUGACCGUCAAAUACAACAACAGCGUCCACAAUUUAUUCGGACAACACCAUCUCAUUCACAUGAUAAUGCAAAGCUAAAACAAAUAAUAACAGCUGCUGCUAGUGAACAACAUGUAAUAACAAAACUAGUAAUAAAUACAAAUAAUCUUCAGCAAAAUCAACUACAAGUGGAACAUGAAUUAUUGAAACCACCACAACAAAAUCGCAAGCGACAACACCUUUCAUGGCUCCAACAAAAAAUGUUGAACAAUGCCGGUGGAUUAUUAUCGGGACCAACACUAUCGAUAGCUGGUGAUUAUGCACAUCUUGUUGAAUUAAUUGUGGCAAUUAUUUCCGUGGGCAUUAUGUUUGGACAUAGCACACAAGAUGGUAGUUUGUUCAAUUCUAAAAAUAUUCAAAAUACAGUUGGACGUUGGGACUGGCGGUAA